GAUGAUUGAGAGAGUGAGGACUCAAACCUGAACGUACUAGAUAAGUAAUAUAUAUUUUGUCACUAGACCAAGCUUAUUUUUAUAAUUAAUAAACCAUUAAUUAAAUAAAUUUUCAGUCCAUUUAUCAUAUACAUAUUGACAUAAUAAGUUUAUGUUAAUAAUUUUAUCAUUAUUUUUGUUUAACUUUAUGAAUGUGUAUUAAUGUGAUUCCACUCUAUAUAAAUGGUAGCAUAUCUCCACUGGUCGCGCCGACAAAGAACAUAGACCAAUUGUUGCAGAGGAAGAUGAUUCUCUAUAUCUUUGUCAUCUUUUCUGUCCUUUCUUCUUCUUCUUCUUAUGCUGCAGUGAAUGACUUCUGCGUCGCGGACUUGUCAGGUCCUGAUGGCCCUGCGGGCUACUCUUGCAAGAAGCCUGAUACGGUUUCAGUAAACGAUUUUGUUUACUCUGGCCUGGGAAGUCCUGGUAACAUCUCAAAACUUAUCAAAGCUGCUGUGACACCGGCUUUUGUUGACCAAUUCCCUGGCGUAAACGGCCUUGGAAUUUCCUUGGCUCGUUUAGACUUGGCAGUUGGUGGUGUAAUUCCUAUGCAUACCCACCCGGGAGCUUCAGAAGUCCUAAUUGUGGUGCAAGGGUCAAUCUGUGCUGGGUUUAUUACUUCUGCUAAUGUUGUUUACUUCAAAUCUCUUAGGAAGGGAGAUAUUAUGGUAUUUCCACAAGGGUUAUUGCACUUCCAAAUAAAUGCAGGUGGGACUCCUGCCCUUGCAUUUGUUAGCUUCAGUAGUGCAAGACCAGGUCUCCAGAUCCUUGACUUUGCCUUGUUCGCUAACGAUUUGCCUUCUGAAAUAAUAGAGAUGGUUACCUUCCUCGAUGAUGCUCAGGUUAAGAAGCUCAAGAAGGUUCUUGGUGGCACAAAUUGAGGUCUCUGGAGAUACCCUUCAAAAAAAUAAAAGGGCCUGGAGAAUGCCUUUAGGCUCAGGAUUCUUCCAGUCAGUGGCAGUUUGUCAGUUUUAUUUUUAGCAAAUAAAAAGUCUAGUUAGUGUUUUUCUAUUGUUUAUUGAAGUUGAAUUGUGCUCUUAAUGACAGCACUUUAAGUGGAAAUUGCAACAAUUCUGUGCGAGGCAAAUCCCUUUCUUGUCUUAGUAGAUGUGCAAUAUUAGACCAAUAAAUUCAAGCUUUUUAUCUUUUA